UUGCGCAUUAGGCACCAGCGGUGCACCUAAAGCACGGAUAACGCGGACCUGUUGAUAACCCAGUUUAAGAAUGCAGCGCUCUGCAACUUUUUCUUCACAGAGAAACUAUAAAGAUCCAUAGCAGGAAGUGUUGCGACGACGUUUGAUUGACGCCUAUUUACAAUGCCUGGAGUUUUUGAGGAUGGAAUAUUAUAUGGAGUUUUAAAUGAUAAAUUAUGUCAACAGUUUGAUACCAGAGGAUAUUAGAGAAUUCUUAAAGACAACCUUUAAAAUCCAUGUAGUAAUGGAAAAGCAUCCGGCGAUGCCUUUAAAGAAAGCAACGAGAUGUCAUUUGUAGGUUUUGUAUUCCAGGUAUAGAAACGUGUACAGUUUGCUAUUGGAGAAGAACCACUACAACAAAAUUCGUCAGGUGUAGCUUAACCGGAAUUUGGCAGGGUUCUGUCACUUCCUCAACACUGGAUAACUCCUUCACUUAUGUAAACUAGUUAAAUGUGAGAUGAUCGGUUCCUAUUUUCCGUGUUGGAAAGGGAAAAGGCAUUUCAAAAGGAGGUUCUAUUCACGAUGAAACUCUUGAACUUUUUCUGUCUAGUUGCUGGAUUUUGGAGGAUGUUUUCAGCAAACAGAAACUGUCCCGACCUGAUCAUUGACAGUUGCAGCUGCACAUCCGAGCGAUUCAAAGAGCUGGGGAGGCAAACUAUUCGAAUCAAAGUUGUGUGCAACAGCGGAGAGUUAGUGGAAACUUUACAGCCCAGCUUUUUACCCAACAAGACAGUUACUCUAGUUCUUAGUAAUAACAAAAUCUCUCUGCUGAAAAAUGGCUCAUUCUUUGGCCUGCUGUCCCUGGAGAGACUAGAUUUGAAGAAUAAUUUAAUUAGUAUCAUUGAGCCUGGGGCUUUCCGUGGACUUUCAGAACUGAAGAGGCUGGAUCUCUCCAACAACAGGAUUGGCUGCCUAUCUGCUGAAAUGUUUGUAGACCUCAGUAAUCUAUCAAAAUUAAAUCUAUCAGGAAAUAUUUUCUCAUCUCUCCCAGAGGGGCUUUUUUCUCAUCUUGUGUCUCUCAAAGUCUUGCACUUCAGCUCGGAAUCACUCUUCUGUGACUGUAACCUUAAAUGGCUUUUACUCUUGGCCAGAGCAAAUUCUAUCAGAAUAGGAAAUGAAACCCGGUGCUCUUACCCAAGUUCCUUACAUGGCCUAGAAUUCCGGAAUCUGAAAGAGCACCAGUUAAAAUGUGUUGGACCCCUGGAGCUGCCAUUAUUUCAGCUGAUCCCUUCUCAGAGACAGGUUGUUUUCCAAGGGGACAGAUUGCCAUUGCAAUGUACAGCCACUUAUGUUGACAGUACUGUCACAGUGCAGUGGAAACACAAUGGAUACCCAGUCCAAAGUGAAGAAGAAAAUGGAGUCUUUGUUGAAGGCAACAUUAUCCAUGACUGCUGCUUAAUUACAAGUGAGGUGAUACUUUCCAACAUUGACGUCGCUGCUUCUGGGGACUGGGAGUGUCAGGUCUCCAGCUCUCGAGGAAACAGCACAAAGAUGAUGGAGAUUGUAGUCCUGGAGAUGUCGGCACCAUACUGCCCUGCUGAGCGGGUUACUAACAACAAAGGAGACUUUCGGUGGCCAAAGACUCUGGCUGGAAUAAUCGCAUUCUUGCCCUGCAUACAGUAUCCAUUUGGCUCCAGCUCAUACUCUAGAAGUUUGAAAGAGAAGAAAUCGUUGCGGAGGUGUGACAGAACAGGACGUUGGGCUGAAGGGGAUUACUCACAAUGCCCCUAUGCCAGUGAAGUAACCCGAGUGCUCCAUGAAUUUAGCCAGAUGCCAAUCAAUGCCACCAACGCCCGUGCCUCUGCACAGCAGCUCUCAGCUUAUACAAGUGGAGCAGCACACUUUGUGGACAUGAUGGAUGUUAUCUUUGUGGCUCGUAUUCUUGAGAAGCUGAUUGGUUAUGUGGGCCAGAUCAAAGAUCUAGAAGACUAUAUAUCGGAUAUUGCUAGUAAUAUGAUGUUCGUGGAUGAGCACAUAUUAUGGAUGGCACAGAAUGAAGCAAAGGCUUGCACUCGUAUUGUACAAAGUGUGGAAAAAAUUGCAGAUCUGGUCCUUACUAGCAAUACACAGGUUAUUUCAAAGGUUUCUUCUAAUAUAGCUCUGGAGGCCUUCAUGAUCAAGCCUGCGAGCUUCACAGGCAUGACGUGCAUCGCAUUCCAGAAAGCGCCUCCAUCUUCAGACAGGGCAGUGGCCCAUGAUGUGGGCAGGCAGGACUGGGAGGCAGGCUAUGGGGCAGAAUCACUGCUGAAUUUCAAAUGCAACACAGCCAACCUCAGCAGUUCUCUGGUGAAUUUCCCAGUGAAGAAUACGGUGGCAGUUGCUUCAAUCCAAGUACCGUUGACGGUUACUGCUAGCUCUCCGGCAUUGCAAUCUGUUGAUAACUCCACAUGCAAGCUGCAGUUCAUUGUCUUUCGAAAUGGGAAACUCUUUCCUAGCACAGGGAAUUCGUCAAAUCUUGCAGAUGAUGGGAAACGUAGGAGUGUUUCCACACCAGUUGCGUUCACCAAAUUAGAUGGGUGCAGCUUGGGGAACCUCUCACAGCCCAUUACGGUUGCUCUUAGGCACUUCGCGCUGGGUGUAGACCCAACAGCAGCCUACUGGGAUUUUGACCUUCUAGAUGGACACGGAGGCUGGAGGGCGGAAGGGUGCCACAUAACUGGCUCUGCAGGCAAUAUCACCACUAUUCAUUGCACACACUACAAUAACUUUGCAGUGCUAAUGGAUUUGAAGAAAGUGCUGUCCUUCCCCCCUUAUCCAGGGGAGUUUCUCCACCCUGUUGUGUACGCCUGCACAGCUGUCAUGUUACUGUGCCUGUUUGCAUCAAUUAUUACCUACAUUGUGCACCACAGCACAAUCCGCAUUAGUAGGAAGGGCUGGCACAUGCUCCUCAACUUUUGUUUCCACACUGCUCUGACCUUCGCAGUAUUUGCCGGGGGCAUCAAUCGAAUAAAAUAUCCCAUCAUCUGCCAAGCAGUUGGCAUUGUGUUGCAUUAUUCAACACUUUCAACCAUGCUGUGGCUUGGGGUUACUGCCAGAAACAUUUAUAAGCAAGUGACAAAGAAACCUCAUCAUGUUCAGGAUGGAGACCAAUCACACCACCCCAAACAGCCAAUGUUAAGAUUUUAUUUAGUUAGCGGAGGCGUCCCUUUCAUUAUCUGUGGGAUUACAGCAGCAACAAAUAUCAACAAUUAUGGAAGUGGAGAGGAAGCUCCUUAUUGCUGGAUGGCCUGGGAACCUAGCCUUGGUGCAUUUUAUGGUCCAGUAGCAUUCAUUGUGAUGGUAACUUGCAUCUACUUUCUCUGUACCUUUAUACAACUGAAACGUCACCCAGAGCGGAAAUAUGAAUUAAAAGAAAUGACAGAGGAGCAACAGCGACUUGCAGCCACAGAAGUCGGGCAUUGCCAUAUGGCAGACACUGGGUCAGUGUCGCAGACCACCUGCUCAGUGAUUUCUGCAUCUAUGCUAGAAAAUGAACACUCUUUCAAAGCCCAACUUCGAACAGCAGCAUUUACUUUGUUUUUAUUCCUUGCAACAUGGGCAUUUGGGGCUCUUGCAGUCUCUCAGGGCCAUUUCUUGGACAUGAUUUUCAGUUGCUUAUAUGGGGCUUUCUCUGUAACCCUGGGACUUUUCAUUUUGAUCCAUCACUGUGCAAAGAGAGAUGACGUUUGGCAUUGUUGGUGGUCCUGCUGCCCAUCAAGAAGGAACACUUACUCAGUGCAGCUCAACGUUCGCCCCAAGGUUAAUGUCAAUGGAGAUACGCAGGUGCACUCGCAUUGCCUCCUGGAUUCUCCUUGCCCAGGCAAAGCUGUGGCAAGCUUUAACCAUUCAGCAUCCGGACACUGUAAAUUAACUAACCUUCAGGCUGUUCAGAACCACGUCAGCUGCCUUUCUCCAGUCACUCCAUGCUGUGCAAACAUGCACAGUGAGCAGCUUAUUGAUGAUGAGCCCCACAUUCAUGUACACUCUGAGGAAAACUUCAGGCCCAACGUGCACAUUCACAGAUGUCUGAAGAGCAGAACUAAACCAAGGCACUUUUCUCGUCAUAGGACUGCAGGAGACAGAGAGUAUGCUUACCACAUCCCUUCCAGCAUUGAUGGGAGUGUUCACAGUUCUCACACAGAUAGCCCACACAGUACUCAUGAUGGCCAUACGUGCCACAGGCGAGUUUGCUGUGCAAAAGGAGAUCCGUUCCCUACAAUAAGUCAGCCGGAAAGCAGUGAUACCAGCACUGUGAUGUGUAGCUGCAGCAAAAUGCCCGAAGAUGACAUUGUGCACCAUACAGCCCAUUUAGAGAUGCACCCGCGUAGACAAUCCUACCCUCAGAAUCCUCCGAAUCAAAAUGGAAUUCUAAAGGGAAGCUUGCAUGAAGGUGUCAUGUACAGUUCAGAUAGUACAGGAAAUAUACGAACUGGCCCAUGGAAAAAUGAAACUACUGUGUAGUUAGUGGGCUUCUUUUUUUCCUCCCACUCCCUUUAGGAAAACUCAGCAUUUCAGUACGUGCGCUUUUUUAUAUUACUUUCAUGUCUGUUUACAUACUUCUAUUGUAUAGAAAUAUCUCACACAUCUCCUGUUUGUUUUACAGUGUCCAGUAUUUUAAACCAUAUUUCCAUUUUACUUUUUAAGUACUCUUAAGGCAAAAAGGCACAUACAGCGAGAAAUACCUUUCAUUUAAAAUAAAAUAUUUUUCUAUCUAUAUAAAUAUAUAUGUGUGUGUGCGUGUGUGUAUGGAGAAAAUUCCUGAUUGGAAAAGAGCUAUUUAAAGAGGUAGUGUUCUCUGGAGAGCAGAUGAACUCUGUCCUUGUGUCAGGUCUCAUUGUCUGACUUGUUGUAUCUACUAGGAGAAAAUUCAAUAUCCGCUGUUAAAACACUAAAUACACCAGCAGUUUAAAAUCACUUGUAUGUUCUCUAUUCGACCAUGCAUAAUAUAUACUGUGAAACAGAAAAGCUUAGUAAUUACAGUUAUUUAUUGGCUUUUAUAGGUACUCCAUUAAAGCCAAUAAAAUUUGCACAAAGAGAAGCUGCCUCUUUGAAAACUAAUACACUGCUUAGCCUGUAAAAGGUAGCAUUAAAUAUUCAGUCUGUGUAAUGUUUUAAUAUCCUGUUGGAAAGACGUAUUAAAUAACAUUGUCACCGUUAAAACCUAUGGUGCUUUAAUGGUUGUAUCUUGCAUGGCAUAUGUCAGGGUAUACCAUUUCAUAGUGUUUCUUGUUGGCAACAGCAGUACUUGUGAAAGGCUGUGAUAUUUCAUGUCAGUAUUUAAUGUACAUCAUUUUGAAACCACACAAAAAAAAAAACUAACUGCACUAAUGUGGCGCCACAGUGUGUGUAAAAUCAGUAGAAGAGACCUAAAAAAGGUCCACACUAACAGUUCAUUUUUAUACAGUGCAUGCAGUGCUAGUUGUUCGUAACUGUGCAGUGUGUUUUUUGCAAUUGCCUCCAGUAAAUGCAAGUUCCAUGUUUGCUAAGUAUGUCUUUGAAAAUUGUAAGGAUUUCAAUGAAACCAUAUUCUCUUUUUCUUCUUUUGUUUAUGCCAUCACAGUAUUAAUGAAAGAUUAAGGUAUUUUUAAAGCCAUUAUAACAGAAGCAGAAAUAAAAUGCUGUUUCUUUUGUGGCAGUAUAAACUCUUAUGCUCGUUCUUUGGAGUGGAUGGUAAUUCUGUCUCCUGUAUUUGUGGAUGAGAGCUAUAGAUUAGAAGCGAGUCUGCUGUCAAAUAUUAGCAUGGGUAGUGUGAACUAAUUAUUAAUGAUUGAAUGAGGAAAGAGUUCAUGCUGGAGGGGAGUUAAAACUUUUGCUGUCCCAUUAAAUUGAUUUAGCAUAAUAAUGGUCUUAAAACAUUCCCACACUAUGUAUAAAAUAAUAUAAAGUAAUAUAAAACUGGUUCUAAUUUACUUUUUGUACUGAAAUGUUAAAGAUAUUUUAAAAAAACUCAGAGAUGGGAUAGAAAUACACAGACCCAUUGGGUUAAUGCUCAGUAUCUGAGUAAAGCUGUUCUUCUUAAAUUAUCUCGAAGAACAUUAAAAAAAGUUUCAACAUAUCACACAGUGUAUGCAUUAUACACUAUUUCUGUAUAGUUCUGUAUUUCCCUUGAAUUGAGAAGACAAGAUGUAAAAGCCAGAUUACUACCAAGAGUAUUUUGCUUUCUUAUAUUUACUGUACAUUUUAAAACGGUUGUAAAAACAAAAGAUUUCAGUGUGGAUUUCAGUAUUUAUGUUAAACAUUUUCUCAGAUGUUUAGAUGAGAAACAUUUAGCUGUUGUACCACUGACCUUCAACUGCUGUAUGGCUAGUCUGACAUCUGUCAUUAUAAUAAGCCAGUGGUACUGUAGCAAGGCCCACAGCCAGUUUCCACCUUUUUACAUCUCCGCUUCAAUAAAUGUAUAUUUUUCACCAUGAAUAAAUACUGUUUUACUCUA